AUGCCACCUAAAAAAGGUGACUCAAAAUCAGCUGCCAAGAAAGGCAAGUCAGAGGAGCCAAAGAAGGGAGGAAAGGAUGAUAAGAAAGGUGGAAAAGAUGACAAGAAAGGGGGAAAGAAAGUUGAGGAGCCACCAGCAAAAGGGAAAGGAAAGGAUGAUGGAAAAAAGGGAAAGGGAAAGAAACCUGUCAGCGAGUCGGAGGAGGAGGAAGAAAGUGAGGAAAUGAGGACUGAGGAAGAAGAAGAGGAUGAUGAAAGCGAGGAAGAGGUAGUUACCAAGAAGGAUAAAGGAAAAGGGAAAGCAGCCCUGAAAGGUGCAUCCAAGGCUAUGGCUGUCAAGGGAUUUAAGCCUCCUAAACACACACCUCGAUCUGAUGAUGAUGAUGAAGAGGAAAGGAAGGGGAAACCGGGGGCGAAAGGGAUGGGUGCAAUGAACCUGAAAAAGAUGAGUGAUGUCAACAUUAAAGGAGCCUCCAAGGCCAUGAUGGGCUUUGCUGCAGAGGGACAGAAGAGGAGUGCAGCUGCAACAAAAGUACAGAAGACACCAGAUGUCAGAUCUCACCUCAAAGGAGCAUCCAAAGCCCUCACAGGCCUCACAGGAAAGUCCACUCCGUUUACCUUGCCUUCUAAACAGACAGAAAAGGCAAAACCAAAGAGAAACCUCAAAAGCACCUCCCGUCUCUUCCUACGACUCUCAAAGAAAAAGAAACCAGCCACUGGUGGUAAACCACUAUUGGGAACAAGCAAGCUUUUUGCUGGGUUUGGGGGUAAAUCAUCCGCUGACAAAAAGCCAGGUCUCUCUGGCUUCAGUUUGUUUAAUAAAAAGGAUGAAAAGAAAGAAACCACACCACCUAAAAAGACAAUAAAUCUGUCAGGUUUGGGAAGCAAAGGGAACAAAAUGGCAUCAGAGGCAAAAGGACUGGGAGGGAAGUUCAAAGGCAUGUUUGGGAAAAAGAAAGCAGAAUCAGGGUUUAAGUCUAAAGGCUGGAUGUUAGGAAGGAUAGCCGCAGCAUCUAACUGGUUGACAGGGAGGUUCCUGACUUCUAAGGGCCAAGGUCGGCUGGGGGCAAGAGCAGGAGGAAGGGGACGAAAGAAUCUGUCAUUCGCAAACAGGAACGCUAGAGGGAGAGAGACUCAUUACUACAAUGAGGGCUAUGAGUAUGAUGAUGACUAUGGAUAUGAGGAUGAUUACCAUGACAGGGGGAGACCUGGAGGCUACCUGAGACAACCCUAUGACCCUUAUGGAGAGGAACUGGAUUACUAUGAUGAUGAUGAGUGGGAGGACGAAUAUGGUUACUAUGAUGACGAGGGCAACUUUUAUUAUGAUGAUGAGUUAUACUACGAGGAUGAAGAGGAUUACUACGGUUACCCUUAUGGCUUUUACGAUGAUCAGUAUGAAGAUUACUAUGGUGAUGAAGGAGUGGAGUAUUACUACGGUGAAGAUGGAAUGCUGUACGCAGUCGAACCACAGCCAUAUGGUUAUUAUGGUAAUGCCAUGAAUGAUUUCUAUGACCCAUAUGACCCAGGGUUGUAUGGAGAUUUCAUUGACCAAAAUAUGGGUUAUAACUAUGGGAUGUCAGACCCAUAUGGCAUGAUGAGUGGUGGUUAUGACGUUACAGGCCUGUACAAUGACCCAAUGCUGGGAUAUACAGACCCUGCUGCUAUGUAUAACCCCUAUCAACAAUCUUUCUAUAUGGAUGCUGGGCUGGAUCCAGCUGAGGCAGGACAGCUUUAUGGACAGGAACAGCUGUCUUACCCAGUUGCUGACCCGUUUUCAGCAGAGCAGUUCAGGGUCCCCAGGCCCCAGGUUAGGCUUUUUGGUAAAGAAAGAUUAGAGGUGGAAACCCUGCCACCUCCUCCUCCAUUUCAGUCUUAUCCCUCCUCCCCAAUGGCCCCCCCACCAUCCCCAGCCCUUGCCCUCAACAAUCAGGAAAUUAUGUCAGAUAUACAAUAUGAGCAGCCCCUUCCAACAUACCUUCCUGCACAGGCCAAUUACAUGAGCCAACAACAAACCCCCAUUCUUCCUAGACAUGUCCAGUCGCCAACAGCAAUGAUGAGUCAACAGGAGCAAUUGUUUCUCCCUCAGCCUGCUCACCCUCCUUUCUCUGCUUCUCCCAGCCACAUGUUGCCAUUUCCACAACAACUACCAUUGGCCUCGCAGAUGUACCAACCAUCCUUCCCCCAAGACCCACAAAUGUUCCAGAUGGGUCAAAUGUCUCCAAUGGUUGCACAAAUACAGCCCCCUGUGGCUCCAAUGAUGCAUUCACCCCUGCAUUCACCAGUGGCCUCACCUAGGCCAGUGCGACGAAUGAGUCCCCUUCCAUCCCCGCAGCUGUCACAUAGGCCGGGAUCAGUUAGGGCAAUGGCACCUCCUUCACCCCACUUCUCACCACAUCACAUAGAUUUCCACACAAGCAUGCAGCCAGAGCCUCAUCUCUCCCCUCGCUUACAAAGAAGAGGGCUAACUCACCGGUCCUCAAUGGCAGGCCCAAUGCAGACUUCUCAAAGGCGGAGGCCACACAGCCCACCUCCUUCAUCGUCACAGCAGAGGAGAGGGAUGUCAGUUAGAACUCAACCAUCCCUGUCAAGAGGAAGAGGAGGAGUUGGGUUGCGCAGGGCUCCAUCAACUGUCCGACCCCAUUCCCCCCUUUCUAGCCCCCUGGCUUCCCCCCGGGGGUCUAUGAGAAAGAGAGCAAGCCCACCACCAUCCCCAAGACUGUCCUUCAGACAGCAACCCCCUCCUGAUGCGGUGCCUCUGCCGUCUACCAGACCACAUAUGUUCAAAGGUAGAAAACAAACAUCCAAAAUGAGGCAUUCCCCCUCUCCUCCUCUGCCAUCUCCACAAAGAUGGAGCCCCCCUCUACCUGAGAGAUCUCAGUCUCCACCCCAUGCCUUCCGUCCCGCUUCCCCCCGUCGUCCUCCCUCUCCUUCCCCUUCACGUAUCACCAGUCGCCCCCUCCCCACCCGGUCCUCUACUCGAAGGCUGAGAGGUGGUGCUGGAGGCCGAAACCAUGUGCCCAUGGGGGCUGUCAAGCCCUCCCCAGCUAAUCCCUACUCACAGAGACGCAGUAGACAUGGACCCCCUGUCACUCAACAUGUAGCCCCAUUCAGGUCCUCUAUCCAUAGUGGCCCAGCUCCUCCCUCGGGACAAAUUGGGGGCAUAGCUGGAACACCCAUGUUGGCAAGGGCAGGCUCCCGGCCUACAGGGUUAAGGGAGUCAAAGCGAAUUGGUACCCCCCAAGGAGGCUUCCACAGACCUGUAGGCAGAGGGCAACCUCUAGUCCGUAUGCCCAGAAACCAGCCCUCUCUUCAAUCUAGGCAGUCAUUUAGAGCACCUCCUCUAGGGCCUCCUGUUUCCCCACAACUUUCUUUGAAACAGAGCGGCCCUCUUUCUCCCCAGCCAUCAGUUCGCAGGCUGCAGAGUAGACCUCCGUCUCCACUACCUCUGCACCGUGCAUCUCCUCUGCCCUCACGUUCAGCGUCUCCCAUGCACCAUAUGUCUCACCCACCAUCCCCUUUUCCCCACAGGGCUAUGAGUCCCCAGAAUCUAGGGCCAACAUCUUUUCAACCACCAAUGCCUCUCCCCAAUUUUCCUCCUGGUGCUCUUCAACCAUCUCAAAGUAUCGCCCAGUAUGACUACACAAUGAUGGAGCCAGGCCCAUCCCCAAUGCUAACAAAUGCUUUACCAAACCCUCAAGUUGUAGGUGCUCCCUUUGCUCCUUCUCCUCUUCAUUCCUCUAUCCCUUACCCCCCUACUGCUUACACUUCUCCUUUACAGAGACCCUCCUCCCCCCAAAUACAGUCUGAAGUGUACCCCCAAAACCUCCCUCAACCUGCACCCUCAUCACCUUUUUUGGGGCGUGCACUCCAGAACCCUUAUCUGCAGAAUGCCAACUACACCUCACCUUUACAGAGAUCGCCUUCCCCCAUACCUGGUGGCCAGGGAGGGAUAUCAUCUGAUGUACAGAUGAGCCAAGAGGGGAGCCUGCAUGCCACUCUUGGUCUUUCUAGUGCUUUGAUGCAGAACUCCCACCUGCGCAGCGCCUCCUAUACAUUUCCUCUACAACGGAAUGCCAAUGUCUAUACAACUGUCCUCUCGCCACCUGAGGCUGCAGCCCCUCCUGCCUCCUCUGUACUCUCCUCCCCACACUUGUCUUCCACUAUGCUUACCUCCCAGCUCCGUAAUGCUUCCUAUGCCUCACCCCUUCAGCGACACCUCUCCCCCAUGUCUCAGGCCUCCGCUAUCCCUCCUCCCACCACACCUCAACAAGGGACUAUCAGAGGUACUUCAUCAUUUCUCUCUGGUGGACUGCGAACUUCCCAUAUCCAAGGAUCCAUGUUAAGGCUUCCAAGUGGCACUUUGACAAUGUCUCGGGGCCCUGUUGAGUCUCCAGUUACCACUGAUGGUGGAAGUGGUGGCAGGCUGUCACCCUCUAUGCUCUCCAAUGCCCUGCAGAACCCAAGCCUACGUCAGGCCACCUAUCGACUACCUGAUGGCUCGCUGGUGACCAGAACAGAACCUGCUGAACCUUCCCCUGGUCCGUCACCCCUCUCAUCUUCUAUGCUGUCCUCUGCCUUGCUCAAUUCCAGUUUGCGACAGGCCACAUAUCGUUUGCCUGAUGGCACUCUUGUAACCAGGACCGAGCCCACACCUGCACCCUCAUCAACCUCACCUAUGCUUUCUUCUGCACUGUUGAACCCCAAUGUACGGAAAGCCACAUAUAGGUUGCCAGAUGGAACUUUGGUUACAAGAAAUGAGCCAGCACCUGAGCCCGUCACCCCUUCUAUGCUCUCCUCUGCUUUACUCAAUGCUAAUAUGCGUAAGGCCUCUUAUCGAUUACCAGAUGGUUCAAUGCUGACACAUCCGGUAGAGGAGAUGCAGAAUGAGAGUGCAAUAACAUCACCAGGACUAUCUGGUGCCCUCAUGAAUGCUAACCUGCGUAAGGCAAAGUUUCAGCUCCCAGAGGGAUCAUCAUUGUUUUCGCGGAACCAACCCCAAGCUCCCUCCGGUCCUAACCUUUCUAAUGCAAUCUUAAAAACCAAUCUCCGAGGUGCCUCCUACAGACUCCCAGACAAAUCACUAUUUAGGCAACCUGGUUCUGCUGAUACUACUGAGUCACGCUCCCUUGACCUUUCCAAUGCUCUCCGCAACCAGAACCUUCGAUCUGCCACCUACCGUUUGCCUGAUGGAACUCUAAUGACCCGACCUCAGCCCACUCCUGCACCCAGAACACUUGACCUUUCUAAUGCUUUAUCAAAGAACCCAAAUCUGCGUGGGGCAAACUACCGUCUCCCUGACAGUAAUAUCAUGACAAGGCUCGGGGCCCCUAGAACCCCAGAACCUCGCUCACUUAAUCUUUCUGGUGCCCUGCAGAACCCUAACCUCCGGGGGGCUUCUUUCCGCCUACCCUCAUAUGCUGUAGUAUCACCACAGGUCCAGGGAUCCGGCCCUGAACAGCACUGGGCACAGGGCCCUGGAGUUGAUGGAUUGGGAAUGCAGCAAGAUGUGGAUGUCUGGGGUGCAGAGAGGGUUCUACCUCAUGGCACAGUGCAGAACCUUAAUAAGUGGUCCAUGUAUAGAGACGGGGAGCUGCUGGACCCCCACAGCCUGAUGAGACAAGGACAUGAGGGGCAGGGACCAGGGGAAUUGAAUCUCAGCAGGGAGGGGGAACCACAGGGGAACUGGUAUGACAAGAUGUACUCCAUCAGAAGCCUGCCCACCGUGGCUCAGCGGGAGCAACGAGAGGAAGAUGGAGUGGAAGAUAUGACACAGUUAGAGGAGAUGCAUGAAGGGGCUGUUCUGCUAAACCUGAGGGCAAGAUAUGAGCGGGAGCUUAUUUAUACAUACAUAGGUAGUAUUCUGGUGUCUGUGAACCCCUACAAGAUGUACAACAUCUAUGGGACAGACGUGGUGCUGCUGUACAAGGGUCGUGCUCUGGGAGAGAACCCUCCGCAUUUGUUUGCCAUAGCAAACGCUGCUUAUUCCAAAAUGAUGGAUGCCAAACACAACCAGGUCAUAAUAAUCAGUGGGGAAAGCGGGUCUGGAAAAACUGAAGCCACCAAACUAGUCCUUCGCUACCUAGCAGCAAUACAUCACAGAUGCAAUCUUGCGCAACAGAUUGAGAUACUUGAGGCAGCUCCUCUGCUGGAAUCUUUUGGAAAUGCCAAAACUGUACGGAACGAUAAUUCCAGUCGCUUCGGGAAAUACAUAGAGGUCUUUCUGGAGGAUGGUGUGAUCAGUGGUGCCAUAACCUCUCAGUAUCUGCUGGAGAAGUCCCGCAUCGUCUUCCAGGCCAAAGAUGAGAGGAACUAUCAUAUCUUCUACGAGAUGCUGGCAGGUCUUCCCUCGCAGCAGAGGCAGGCUUUCUAUCUGCAAGAGGCUGAGACCUACUAUUACCUCAACCAGGGGGGAGAUUGUGGGAUAACAGGAAAGAAUGAUGCAGAGGACUUCCUGCGUCUGCUCGCUGCCAUGGAGAUCCUUCACUUCACCCCCGACGACCAGUCGGCCAUCUUUAGAAUUCUUUCUUCCAUACUGCACCUGGGCAAUGUCUACUUCCAGAAAUAUGAGGCCGAUGGCCAGGAGGUGGCGUCAGUGGUGAGCGCUCAGGAGAUCAGAGUGGUGGCAGAGCUGCUGCAGAUCUCUCCAGAGGGAUUACAGAAAGCCAUCACAUUUAAAGUCACAGAGACAAUGAGGGACAAGAUCUACACCCCACUGACUGUGGAAAGUGCUGUUGAUGCCAGAGAUGCUGUUGCCAAGAUCCUGUACUCGCUGCUCUUCCAUUGGUUAACAGAGAGGAUCAACGCUCAGGUGUACCCCCGCCAACACACACUCUCCAUCUCCAUCCUGGACAUUUACGGAUUUGAGGAUCUGGCCUUCAACAGCUUUGAGCAGCUUUGCAUUAAUUAUGCAAACGAGUAUCUGCAGUUCUUCUUCAACAGGAUCGUAUUCAGGGAGGAACAGGAGGAGUACAGCCGGGAGCAGAUCCCCUGGCAGGACAUCCCAUUCAGUGAUAACCAGCCCUGCAUUGACAUCAUUGCCGCUAAGCCUCAUGGGAUACUGAGGAUCCUAGACGACCAGAGCUGUUUCCCACAGGCAACAGACCAUACAUUCCUCCAAAAGUGUCACUAUCACCAUGGCAACAACCCACUGUAUCUGAAGCCAAAGAUGCCCCACCCAGAGUUCACCAUCAAGCACUUUGCUGGACGGGUCACCUACCAGGUUCACAAAUUCCUUGAUAAAAACUACGACCAGGUCCGUCAGGAUGUCCUGGAGCUGUUCAUUCAGAGCAAGAACAAGAUGGUGUCAAACCUCUUCGUGGUUCACGCAGAGGUCUCGGGUCAGCAGAAGGGAGGUCACAGGAGAAAAAGCAGCACAGUCACCAGGAAAUACCAAGCACCCACCGUCAGCAACAAGUUCCAACAGUCCCUGCUGGAGCUGGUGGAGAAGAUGGAGAGGUGCAAUCCUUUUUUUGUUCGCUGCAUUAAGCCAAAUAAUAUGAAGCAACCAGGUGUGUUUGAGGAGGACCUGGUCAGCUGCCAGCUGAGACACUCAGGGGUCCUAGAAACCAUUAGGAUCCGUAGAGAGGGGUAUCCUGUCAGAAUGCCAUUCUACAUCUUCCUGUUCAGGUAUAAGUCCCUGGUGGGGGUACAUGAGCCUCCAGCAGCGAUUGGAGAGAACUGUGUGAUAAUGCUCAGUAAGCUGUGUCCUCUUAGACCAGGAGCCUUCCAUGUUGGAGUCACAAAGUUGUUUCUGAAGGAGGACAUCUACCAGUUGCUGGAGUGUAAACGGGAGCGCGCUCGCCAACUUGCCGCUCUCACCCUGCAGCGUUACACCCGCAUGUUCUUUGUCAGGCAACGUUUUGUGGCCUUCCGCAAAAAGAUCAUCGGGCUGCAGGCACAGUGCCGAGGCUUCCUCACAAGGAAGCGUUAUGUGAAAAUGAGGGAGAGUCUAGUUCGGUUCCGCUCUCUCGUCCACAUGUACGUCAACCGCAAGCAAUACAUCAAGAGGAAGUUUGAAGCCCAGAGGAAAGUUGAAGAGGAGAGGAGGAGGAGAGAGAUGGAGCUGACAAAGAGAGAGGUGGUGAACGUCACACACUUGGUGAUCCCUGCAGAGCUGGGCGCGUUACUGCAGACAGCAGGAGGUCUGAGGGAGUUGCACUCAGACUGUCUGGCUCUGCUUCAGGCUCCUCAUAUCCAGGAAGAAGCUCAGCUCACUCUGCCUCUGGACAUCAACAACUACCCGUUCUACCGCUAUGUGCAGAUCCACUUCAGGGAACCAAAGUUUGGGAUGCUGAUGGCACCUCUGGAGUCACCGCUGACCCGCGUGGACGAGGACCUGAAAGCAGAAGCUCUGGAGCUCUUCAUCAUGGUCUUACGAUUCAUGGGGGAUCCUCACCUGAACGGGGCGCAAGAAAACAUGUUUGGGAAUUACAUCAUACAAAGGGGCCUGUCAUCGCCAGGGUUACAGGACGAGGUCCUGGCUCAGGUCGUCAACCAGGUGUGGAGGAACGUGAACUUUGAUAACGCUGAGAGAGGCUGGCUGCUGCUGCUGGCGUGUGCCUGCAGCUUCGCCCCGUCGCCCAAGAUGGACAAAUAUCUUCUCAAGUUUGUAUCAGACCACGCCCCUGCUGGUUGCCAGGCGUUACUGCAACACAGACUCAUCCAAGCCAAUCAGAAGACACAGCUCGGCUCAGGCUCCACCCACGAAACUGCGCGGACCUAUCCACUGUCGCUGCUGGAGUGGACAGCCAAUAGGAAGAAGGCUAACAUGGUAUUGCAUGUGCACUGUUUUGACGGAGGAUCAUUUCUGUGUCCGGUCCAUUCCUGGACCAGUGGAGAGGACUUAGCAGGACGCAUACUGCGCCACAGGGGAGUGUCCGACUGGUGGAGGGGGAGUUCAGUUCUGAUGAAGGAGCACGGCCAGUGGGUGGAGUUAGCGGGUCACGACUAUGUGAUGGACCUGAUUGCAGACCUGGAGCUUCCCACUGACUUCCCAAAGCAGAAGAGCUACUUCAUCAUCAGCACCGACGACCCCAACAGAGUCAGAGCUAAUGCCAGCCUUGCUUUGUUUGGCAGUGGCUUUGACUCAGAUGAGGAGCUUCCUCCUGCCUUUGCUGUCCGUAACAGUAGACCAGCGUACAGUCUGCCUGACUCUGACGGUUACUACAGCCACGAGUCAGAUGCGUUCAGUGACGGUCAGACUCAGAGAGGAAUGGACCGCUACCUGGACAGCCUGUUUGACCCUGUGCUGUCAGACAGCAGCAUAGUAAGUAGAGGCAUCGCAUCAUUUUACCUCCUGGAAACAAUAAUGUGUACGGACAUGGAAAAGACUGGAAGUCUGUCAGCGAGGAUGAAGGGAGGAGGAGGUAUCGGCAUCACAGGAGGAGGAAGAGGAGAGGGGGAGAGUCAGAGGGCCCCCGGCCGGCCUUAUCCACCAGGAAUACAUCCUGGAGCACCCACACCGUCACCCACCCGUGCACCCGCUGCCGAUAGAGUUAAUGUAGCGUCCCGUGUCAGCGGGGCCCCUGGCCAGUCUGGGGUGGCCUCGCUUCCUGCCACGCCUGUGGUUGGCUUGCCUGUGAUGACAGGUGUGCCAGGAUCGGAGCAGACGGUGCUGACUCAGCAGCAACAGGCCAUCAUCAACCAGCAAGCUAUCAUUCUGGCCCAGCAGAUGACCAUGCAGGCUAUUGCUAUCCAGCAGCAGAUGUUGUCCUCCUUCCCCCCUGUUGCCCCGGCGCCCCAGUCUCCACCCUCACAGCAUCACACACACUCGCCGCAGCGCUCUUACACUACCAGCCCUACUAAAGAGCGUGAAGAGUCGCCGUACCAGCCUGCUGCUUCUCAGAGGAAGACAAAAAGUGACGUUCCAGGUCCGACACGUGGUCCCCCUCCUGAGGACGUGGUCCGCUCCAGCGUCAGCAACACGGAGCGCCUCGACCCCAGCCACGACAUCAAAGACAUCAUCAAACAGCACCAGCCUGCUGAAGCAACAACUUCUACUGGACCUGCCACACAAAGGAAAGGUGAUGGAAAGACGUUUGUGAAGAAGCCAGACCCACAUGAUGAAGCUAUGGAGAUCCUCAAAGAUCAGAUGGCAAACCCACCACAACCAAGUCAAAGGAAGCCUCAAACCUCUCUACGUAAAGAAGAGGGAGGACUUAAGGUUUCCAAGACGACAAAGCCUCGCCCUACAGGACAAAUUAGUUCGAACAUAAGCCCCGCCCCUCCUCCAGUCUCUAGAGAGUUGCCAGUGGAGGAGCAGGUCACUCAGACUCAACUCCACAGCAGGACUAGUGAUGAAUAUUACACAUACUCCAACGUCCCCUGGAAACUCUACAUGAGGAAAGAGGUUUUCUAUCCUAAAGAGACGUUCAACAGUCCACUGGUUCUGGACCUGAUCUUCAGACAGGUUGUUCAUGACACCUUCUCUGAGGCCUGCAUCCGUAUCACCCAGGAGGAGAGACAGAAGAUGAAAACGUUAUUUGCUGACCACAAGGUAGAUCAGGUGUCGGGAACGCAUGAUGAGAACGCGAAGAAGAAAGUGGUCACCAUGGCCAGAGACUCAUGGGAGAUUUACUUCUCCCGUCUCUUCCCAGCCUCUGGCAGUGUGGGGACAGGAGUGCAGGUGCUGUCUGUGUCUCAUAAAGGCAUCAAGCUGUUAAAGAUGGUGAGAAGCAGCUCUGCUGCUCCAGACUACUUCAGAGUGCUGAGGCCUUACAGCUACUCGGACAUCCUGUUUGUGUCGAUUCCGUCUAAGAACAUGCUGGAGUUCAACCUGACCAACGAGAAGCUGAUCCUGUUCUCGGCCAAGGCCCCGCAGGUCAAACACAUGAUCGACUACUUCCUCACAGAGCUUAAGAAGGACUCAGAGUACAUGGUAGCAGUGAGGAACUACAUCACUGAGGACAGGAGUCUGCUCAGCUUCCACAAAGGAGACAUCAUCAGACUGCAGCACAUGGACGGGCUGCAGGCCGGCAAACAUUACGGCUGCAUAGUGAGGAAGAAGGUCAUGCUUCUGGAGGAGCUAAAGAGAGACACUCCUGAGUUUGGCUGGCGGUUCGGGGCUGUGUACGGAAAAUUAGGAGCGUUUCCCAGCGAGUAUGUCCGUCCCGUGGCUGCUCCGGACUUCCUGGUUCUCCCUCCUGAGCGUGUGGAGCCUCGAGACAGACAGGGACGAGUCGCUGCAUCUGCUGCUGUUGCCGUAGCAAUGGGAUCAGCAAUCGCAGCCCAUGAGCUUGACCUCUCCACAGAGGUAGUAAAUGAUAUGUAUGGGGACAGUCUGAGCGUGGAGCUGGACGAUCUGCCUCUACACAGCGGCCAGUACCACAUGGUGGAGUUUGCCAAGAAGUACUUCAGAGAGGCGCAGAGGAGCAGAAGUGAUCAGAAAGCCAAAAAGGGGAAAGAGGGCAGGGACCCUGUUGAUAUGGUCAAAUUCUCCAAGUCUCCGCUCCAGGAGUCUCUGAUCGACUUCUCAGACAGCGGGAUGAACAGAGUGGCUGCUGACAUCUUCAUAGCCAUAAUGAAGUUCAUGGGAGACUUCCCACUGAAAGGUCAGACUGAACAGGACCUGGUCACCACUAUACUGAAGUUAAGUGGCGACCAUGGCCUGAUAAAGGAUGAGGCCUACUGCCAGGUGAUGAAGCAAGUUACCACCAACACCAGCUCCAAACCGGACAGUUGUCAGAGAGGAUGGAGGCUGUUGUACAUCCUGACAGCUUUUUAUCGCUGCUCGGAUGUUAUGAAGCCAUUUCUGUUCAAGUUCCUGCAGGACGCCGGCGAAAGCCCUGGGAUGCAGUACCAAGGUAUUGCAAAGGCAUGUGAGCAGAAUCUGAGGAGGACUUAUCAAUAUGGUGGACGUGUACAGUAUCCAAACAGCAUGGAACUCAAAGCUAUGCUGGCUGGGAGGAGCUCCAAGAGGCAGCUAUUCCUGCUGCCAGGUGGGAUCGAGAGGCACUUAAAAAUUAAGACGUGCUCUGUUGCUCUUGAUGUCAUUGAGGAGCUUUGCUAUGAAAUGGGACUACAGAGGGCGGAGGCUUUGGAUGAAUAUGCUGUCUUUUUGGUUACACACAAAGGUCAGAAUGUGCGGCCCCUGAACAAGCGUGAGUACAUCCUGGACAUUGCUACAGAGGCAGAGCCAGUGGACGCCAACUACAGUCUGUGGUUCAGGAGAGUCAUCUGGAGUCUGGCUCUCAGACUUGACAACGAACUCUAUGUCACCAUGCACUAUAAUCAGGUGUUACCAGACUACCUGAAGGCCUUGCUGAGUGUGGUUCCUCAGGGUAAGGCCAGCGACCAGCAUAUGCAGCAGAUCGCCAGACUGUGUGCCCUGCAGCACCGUGCCAAGGACACCGUCUACCUGCCCACCCUCCGUGAGGUGCAGGAAUGUGUUCCCACACAGUUCUAUGGCAAACAGGGUUCACAGCAUUGGCUGAAUAUGACAACUCAACACAUGCAGCAGGUCCAGCCUUUAAACCCACACCAGGCUCGUGCACAGUUCCUUGGUCUGGUCAGUGCCUUCCCCAUGUUCGGCUCCUCCUUCUUCUACAUCCAGAGCUGCAGCUCCGCCUCCAUCUACGCCCCGUGCAUCCUGGCUGUUAAUCUGAAUGGAUUGCACUUCCUUAACAAGGAUACACAUGAGGCCAUGGUACGUUUUCCUCUGAAGGAGGUCCAGUCAACUCGCACCCAGAGACCAACUUCAGGCUCCAGCUAUCCAUAUGUUGAGAUCAUGAUAGGAGACCUGCUCAACCAGCGCAUCACACAACUACAGCUGGAGCAGGGCCUGGAGCUGUGCCGAGUCAUCGCCAUGCACAUGGAGAACAUGUUGUCCGUCAGAGAGAAGAGACUCACUUUACCACCAAGUGAAAUCACCCUGCUAUAA